GCCAGCCGAGCGCUGCGCCGCCGCUUCCUGCUCUUCGCCGCCCCGCCCGCCGUCCCGAGGGCUCGCGACCCGCCAGCAUGUCUCAGGCUGAGUUUGACAAAGCUGCCGAGGAUGUUAAGCACCUCAAGACCAAGCCAGCAGAUGAUGAGAUGUUGUACAUCUACAGCCACUACAAACAAGCAACUGUAGGUGACAUAAACACAGAACGGCCUGGGCUGUUGGAUCUCAGAGGCAAGGCCAAGUGGGAUGCCUGGAAUCAGCUGAAAGGGACUUCCAAGGAAGAUGCCAUGAAAGCUUACGUCAACAAAGUAGAAGAUCUAAAGAAAAAAUACGGAAUAUAACAACUGGAUUUGGCUGCCAGCAGUGCAUUUUGUCUAAACUGAUCUAAUGCCUUGUUUUUCUAAUACUGUAGAUGACAUGAAAUCAUGCAAAUAGCCCGUUAACCUAGGUCCUGAAGACCAUGCAGGACAUGGCUCCAACAGAGUAGGGGCUGCCAUGGUUACUGACCUGCACUGAGUAGUUUUUAUCCAGAAAUCAAUUAAAGUUGCAUUUGUUACUUUAA